GGUCUCCAACGGUGCUGCAGCAAGGGCCAACAGGGUCGAUGGACGUCCGCAAGGAGAGAUCACGUGACGCGGCCCGCUCGCGCCGUGGCAAGGAGAACCACGAGUUCUGCGAGCUGGCCAAGCUGCUGCCGCUGCCGGGCGCCAUCACCUCGCAGCUGGACAAGGCGUCCGUGGUGCGGCUGGCCGUCAGCUGGCUGCGCAUGGGCGAGUUCAGCGGGCGCGGCGAGCCGCCCUGGGACCGGGUCCCGCCACACAGCCGACCGCCCCGAGGCCCACACAUCCGACCCCGGGGGAUUCCGACAGCUGCUGCAGAUGCGUAUGAUUGCCACCAGGGAGCCCAUAUACUUCAGUCCUUGGAUGGAUUCGCCUUCACACUAGGAGCUGAUGGAAGAUUUUUGUACAUCUCAGAAACGGUGUCCAUAUAUCUAGGGCUAUCCCAGGUGGAGAUGUGCGGCAGCAGCAUCUUCGACUACAUCCACGCGCAGGACCAUGCCGAGUUCGCGGCACUCACCGGGCUGACGCUCAGCCACGGCCGGCCGCUGGCCCCGCCCGGCGACGAGCGCGCCGGACCCGUGGGCACCCACAACCCGGACGUGAACGCCGCCAUGACAGUGGAGACCAACAGCGCUUUUCGUGGGCUAGAGAGGGCCGUUUGUGUUCGUAUGAAGUCCACGCUGACCAAGCGGGGAUGCCAUCUCAGGACGCCAGGAUACCGGGCGUUGCUGCUGCAGUGUCGGCUGCGGCCGGCGGUCGCCUGUUCGCCGCGCCGCCGGCAGGUCCGCCUGCUAGGGCUGGUGGCCGUGGCCGUGGCUCUGCCGCCGCCCAGCGCGCACGAGUUUCGUCUCGACGGCCAGGCGUUCGUCACCAGGCUAACGUUCGACUUCCGGAUCGCCCACUGCGAGCCCCGAGUACCUGACCACCUGAACUUCACGUCGGAGGCGCUGACGGGUCGCAGCCUUUACACGCUCUGCCACGGCGCUGAUGUGCACCAUCUGAGGAAGGCGCAUGUAGACCUGCUAAACAAAGGCCAGGUGCUCACCAACUACUACCGCCUGCUGAGCAAAAAUGGCGGCUACACGUGGCUGCAGACGUGCGCCACCGUGGUGUGCAGCAGCAAGAACGCCCGGGACCAGAUGAUCCUGUGCAUCAACUACGUACUCACCCGGACGGAGUACGCAGGCGUGGUCAUGGACGGCUCUCUUCUGGACGACGGCGUGUGCCUCAAGGCAGAGCGACCCAGCGAACUGGACGCGUGCGACGCAGGCACCUACGCCGCGCCAGACCGACUGGAUGGUGACAUUCCCAGCUCUGAACGUCCAUUGAGGCUGGAGACUGUCAAAGUUGAACCCGAGAUGGUGAUGCGCUGUAACACGGCAAACGCUACCCAUCAGCUGUAUGGGUGCCACGCUAGCCGAGCAGAACAACCCCGCGGCGAAAAACGCAGAUGUAGUAUCGACGCCGGGUCGCCAGAUGGCAGGUGCGACGAGCUGCGCGGGCCGGCGCGCGGCUUAGACUGCUGCUGCUGCGGGUCGGUCGGCAUCUGUCCGCGCGUCUCCAAGGUCUGGUGUAAGCGCGUGGCCAGGGCCUGCUGGCGCGACGCCGACUGCGGGUUCGGGCGCAAGUGCUGCCGCGUGGGCUGUGCCCAGCGCUGCGUCCGGGCGCUGCGGGUGGGCCGGCGCCGCUGCCGCAACGGCUCCCGCUGCGUCUGGAAGCGCUGCAACCGGAAGGGUUGCUUCGGCCGGAAGGUGGCCGUCUGCUCCGGGCACUGGAAGAGGGGGUAG